CCCAUGGCAACUCAGAAGGCCUCACUCACAGACUCCUUGCGGAGCUCGCCGCCCGAUUCCUGGCUGGGCCCUACUCCGAGCCCGUGACGUUUGCGGCAGCCUGGCCACGAUGUCCAGUGAAACUCUCUGGGAAAUUGCAAAAGCUGAAGUGGAAAAAAGAGGAACUAACGGAAGUGAAGGUGAUGGAGCUGAAAUUGGAGAAAAAUCUGUUUUCUUCAUUGGCAGUAAAAAUGGGGGAAAGACUACUAUUAUUCUAAGGUGUCUUGAUAGAGACGAGCCACCAAAGCCAACCUUAGCUUUGGACUAUACAUAUGGAAGAAGAGCAAAAGGGUACAACACACCAAAAGAUAUUGCUCACUUUUGGGAACUGGGUGGAGGAACCUCUUUAUUGGAUUUAAUCAGCGUACCCAUCACAAGUGACACCUUACGGACGUUUUCUCUUAUUCUCGUUCUGGAUCUUUCAAAACCUAAUGAUCUUUGGCCCACCAUGGAAAAUCUCUUGCAAGCCACAAAAAGCCAUGUAGACAAAGUGAUAACGAAACUGGGAAAGACAAAUCCUAAAGCAGUUUCUGAAAUGAGACAGAAGAUCUGGAAUAAUAUGCAGAAGGAUCAUCCUGAUCGUGAAUUAAUUGACCCAUUUCCAGUACCUCUGGUCAUAAUUGGAAGUAAAUAUGAUAUUUUUCAGGAUUUUGAGUCUGAGAAGAGAAAAGUAAUAUGCAAGACACUUCGAUUUGUUGCACAUUAUUAUGGAGCAUCAUUAAUGUUUACCAGUAAAUCAGAAGCUCUGUUACUAAAAAUACGUGGAGUUAUCAACCAGUUGGCAUUUGGCAUUGACAAAAGCAAAUCAAUAUGUGUGGAUCAGAAUAAACCACUGUUUAUCACAGCAGGAUUGGAUUCUUUCAGUCAAAUAGGAUCUCCUCCUAUUCCUGAAAAUGACAUUGGAAAGCUUCAUGCCCACUCACCAAUGGAGUUGUGGAAAAAAGUGUAUGAAAAGCUCUUUCCACCAAAGAGUAUUAACACACUGAAAAAUAUCAAGGACCCUGCAAGAGAUCCUCAGUAUGCUGAAAGUGAAGUUGAUGAGAUGAGAAUUCAGAAGGAUCAGGCACAUUUAACGAGAUAUCCUAUCAAGAAGCAGGACAAAACAUCACGUGUUGGGGAUAACCAGGAUUAUUUCCAAGGUGGGAUAGCCUUUAAGAAGCCGUUCCAAUCUGUAGAUUUGUGUACCUGCUAGCCAAGUUCAUUUUGAUGACCAAGCACCAUCUGAAGAACAGGCAGUCCUGGUCUACCACAGUGCAAAGAAAGGGUCCAGAUGCAGUUUGUCCUCUCCAGCUGCAUAUGAGUGGCGAGGUUUCCCCAGGUGAUAGGGAUAAUGACCAAACCAGGCAGAGAAUCAACUACUCUGUUUUGAUACUCCCUUCCCCUCAACAUACACACUUUUGAGUUUAUCGUUCAAAUUCCUAUUUUAAUUCCUGCCAUUUCAUGAACACCUGUAGUCAUACCAAAACUCACUGGCUUUCCCCAGCCCGCACAGUAGUAUUCCCCUGGUGAGAAGAAAUGAUUGGCAGGGCAAGGCUCCGUAUUCAUGGAAAAUCCCAAUGGAACACUCAACACCAGUGCAACGCUUCCGGGUCCAGGAGCUGUUUUGUUUGGAUGAUGGAAUCACAUCAGGAAAUGAACUAUACAGCAUUUCUGAAAAAACUGGGUCCGCAGUUUGAAAAAUCUAUGAUUUCAGUUGCACACAAGCCCCUUUCCGAAUGAGGACUGUGAAGACAGGGCCCAAAGUAUCUGCAGACACACAGAAGAUGUCCAGGCAGCAACUAGUAACAGUUCUGGGUGCCACUUACUGGGAUCCUGGAGCAGCUGGGCUGCGAUGGAGACCCGGCGCCGCUCACCAAGGGAAAUGCCCCCCAAGUUGUAGUUGCCAAUCAGUCGGUCUGCCACAUGGCUCAGACUCAGCUCUGCCAUGAUGGCCUCCACCUGCAGGAGACACAAAUUACAGGAAGGCUGGGCGUGGCUGUGGGUGCUAUUUCAAUUCAUGGGCUGGGGAGGACAUGAAAGAGGCAACACAACCCCCAAGAAUCCAAGGGCCACUUCCAGACUCACCACACCCUGGAGAAAGCAUGUCUUUGAUAAUAAUAUGAUCCAAUUUGACUUAAAUCAUAAUAUAACACGUGUCCGAUUUAAA